UUUUUUUCUCUUAUGUAUGAGAUUUGGGUACUUAAAAACUAGCAACGACGCUAUCACAUAUCCGCCGAAUAAUGCAGCGACAACCAAACCCAUAAUGCUUCUAAUCACACGGCGAAGUAAUCACGCAACCGCACUCAAGUGCAAAAUCUGCUGCGUCUGCCUGUGCUGAAUAUAUGAAACUAAAUUGAUUAUUGCGCAUGUGUGGGAGUGUGUGUGUGUGCCGUUCGCUAGCUUGAUUACUGAAUAUUAUUGUUCAAUGAUUUUUUUCUCCAUAAUUAUUGGUACCAGUGAAAUGCACAUAAUUUUGUAAUAAUACCGGGCUUUUACCGGCUUCUCUCAGCAGUAAAAAUCAAUAUCAGAUAGUUAUAAUUCUGUCUGCGCUUCCUGCGCAUGUCGCGCAAGUGUCAGCGGUGUCAAUGUGGUGGGUAGUUGCACACGAAGCAAUCGUGGGGCGUUCGUAAUACUUCGUGGACUCUCGCCAUCAACCGAACAAACUUCGCGCAUCGCGCGGGCGCGCGUAGAAGGCGUUUUUGGCUUGGAAUUGGAUGCUCUUGGCAGCAGUGGCUGUGGUGCUCCCCCCACUCCGUUUCUAUAAUCCUGAUAGUCGUACGUUGUUCUGUUUCUAAUUCGCAGACGUAAAAUACCGGCGGUUUGCCUGCCCUGUGAUUACUCAGAGUGACAUUGUCGCUGUAAAGAUGGCUGAGGAAGAGGCCGCGGGGAAAGCGCAAGAAGCAAUGGAGGUAGAUGAAGGGCAAAAUAAAAGCGAUGAUUUGAAAAUGAAUGGAAAUGUUGAAGAAGCGAAUGAAGUAAAAAACGGAGUAGAAGAUGAACCAAAAGUAAAUGGUGAAGAAAAGAAAGAUACCAAUAAAGUAACAGGGCUUUUCAAAGUUAAAGUUAGCGGUUUACCAAGAUUCUAUCCUUUAGGGGAGUUCAAAAAGCUAGUGAAAGAAGAACUGGGACUGGCAUUAAAUUACGUUCGUUGUCCAAAGAAAGGAAAUCCGUGGCUCCACUUAACCUUCAAUACUGCUGAGGAACAACAAAGGGCUCUCAAAGCUCUUCAUAGAUAUACUUGGAGAAGAAAAACUCUGAGUUGUAAUAUAGUCACAAACGAUGCCCAGAAACGUAAACCUGAAGAUGGUAUGGGAGAUGACAGUGAUGCCAAGAAAGCAAAAUUAGAUUUGUCAGUGGAUGAAAGAGUGUUAAUGAUUACUAUUCCGUACCAUAACAUUCCCUAUGAAGAACAGCUUAAAAAGAAAACAGAAGAACUGCGAGCAAUGGUGCAACGUCUUGGGGAGUUAGUUGUCCGCCAGAACCCAGCUUUGGCAGGAUGGGCUGAGCAACAGCGGAAGAAAAACGAGGGACUUGUUUUCCGAUUGGAGGAAAUUCGACCAUCACCAGUUGUUGAUGCAUAUCGUAACAAAUGCGAGUUCAGAGUUGGCCUAAACCCUGACACGCAAGAGCGCACUGUUGGCUGUCGCCUGGAGAACUACAAGGAUGGCUCGAUGGGGGUCGGGCCCGCCGAUUCUCUAAAACAUUUACCUGAUCGAAUGAGAGAGGCUGUUAAGCUGUUUCAAGAAUACGUUCGUAAAUCGGACAAGGAACCAUUUUCUGUUGAAACAAGACAAGGCUAUUGGCGGCACUUAAUUGUGCGAGUGACUUGCAGUGGUGAUGUUAUGUUGGUAGUAGUUGCACAUCCUCAGUCAUUAACUGAAGAGGAACUUACCAAAGUCAAAGAUGAUCUUCGUGACUAUUUUGUGAAUGGAGAAGGAAGAGCUUGCAAUGUAUCAUCUCUUUAUUUCCAGAAAUUUACUGAAAAACUUGUUGGAGUACCUUUGCCAGAAAUGGAACAUCUUUAUGGCAAGACACAUUUGGAAGAACAGAUGUUGGAUCUAGUUUUUCACUUGUCUCCCACAUCAUAUUUUCAGAAAUGUGGGCAAGUCUUUGGCAUUGAAUACCUCUCACAAAAUAUAGAAGAUGCCAAGUAUAAUGCAAAGCAAAAUGACAUUACAAACUGUGAAUUCAUUGCUGGCCGUGUGGAGGAUAUUUUGCCUACACUUUCUGAAAAAAUAACAGGGAAGAGUGUGGUACCAAUUUUGGAUCCACCUAGAGCUGGAUUAAAUCAGAAGGUUCUGGCCCAACUGCGGCGUUUGGAUACUGUGCAGCGUCUGGUGUAUGUGUGUUCAAACCAUAAGGCACCUAUUCGAAACUUUUUGGACCUCUGUUGUCCGACAGGAAAACAUGCAAUGAGUGGGCAUCCAUUUGUACCAGUGCGUACUGUGCCAGUGGAUGUUGUACCUCACACUGCACAUGCUCAAAUGGCAGUUCUCUUGGAGCGUGUGGAUCCUUCUACAUUACCGCGUGCUAUGGCACCCCUCACUUCUUCAGGACGCAAGAUGCGUGGUGGAGGACGAGGAGCCAAAGCUGGAAUGUCUCGUGGAGCUGGUCGAGGUCGUGGACGAGGUCUCCCAAUGCCUCGAGGAGGAGGAGGAGGUGGUCGAGGACGUGGCGUUCCUCUGCUUCGUGGGCCCCCUAUGCCACUGCCACCACCACCUCAUCGUAUGGGAUUCGGAGCUGGCCCUCCACCUAUGAGAGAGCCCUUGGUUAGACCAAGACCGCGAGGGGAUUUUAUGGAUGGAUAUGGUCCUCCACCAGGUAGUCGACGGCCUAGAGUUGACUUUUCUUCUGAUGAGCUGACUCUUAGUCGCUAUUCUGAUUUCCGUCGUGAUGUUGAAGAUGCAAUUGAUUCGUCAAUGGGUCCUCGGCCAUUGUUGCCUGGCCCUCCACGCCGACUUCCUCCACCAGUGCGAGAUCCAUUGGUGGGAGGAUUAGGUCCAGCAGCUACUGCUGCUAUGCUGGAGCGGGAGGAGAUGGCAUUUCGUGCUGGGCUCACACGGGGCCUUGUUAGAGCUGCAGCUGGAUUCGGACCACCCCCACCCCACAAUAUGUAUUCCCCUCCGUUUGGACCUCCUGGUCCAUCCCAAGGUCGCUUUAAAGGAGUAGGAAAGCGAGGUGGAGGUGGGACAUCCAAUCGUGGUCGAGGCCGUCGGGGACGUGGGCCACGAUAAUUAUUUUAAUUUGGAACCCUUACAGGCUGUUACAGCCUGUGCCAUGUUUUUGCAACUGAUGUUAAAGCAAGAACUUGUGAGGUUCAUCCACACCAUUUCAAUAUUUUAAUAAUUUGACUUUGUUAGGUUCUUGAUUCAAAUUGAAUUCUGGACCAGUUUGUUCAAUUCCAAUUUAAAUCAUUGUGUAAUUGUGCAUUUUUUAUUGAAUGUAUGGUUUCUUGUCUCCUGUCUGUUCUUGUUAAGUUUCAUUUAUUUUGUCUCAAAUUUCUACAUUUGCUACUUAAAUACUAAGUAUACUUACAGACAUAUGGCACAAAAGUAUGAGAGGAUUUGUGAGAAGUUAGUCCAAAUGAGAUUCAUUGAAUAUUUGAUACUUUUGAAUAAUUUAUUAAUAUCCUUUCUCAUUGGAACUUUCCUAGAUUUGUCAUUUCUGACUGUUCCUGUUACAUGCUCUCUUAAUUUAAAACUAAAUUAUUUAAUCUCCUGAUCCUUGUAUUUUGUGUUUGUGAUAUUAAAAGACUACUUUUUUCGCUUAAAGUAAAGAGUUGUCACACUGCCAUCUGCAUCUCAUCUGAGGCAGCGACUAGAAUUUUUUUUAUAUUUAUAUGUGUCUAAUUUUUAUAUAUAUCAUCUCAAAUUUCAAAUUGUGUUAUCGUAAACUUAGAUUAGUGAAUUGCUAUUAGAAUACUCGCACUGUAGAGUAUAUAAACACAACACAAAUUCAGUAUAUUGAUGUUUCUAGUGUGUAUAUGUGUAUGUGUGAUGUUUACCUGAUGACCAAUGGUCAUUUGACUGCACACUCCUCAUGUUGCAAUAUUCCUUUUGUAAUAAAAACAUUAUUUACUCAA